AUGGGCCGUAAACACAGGUUCGACCCGCUGUCGCCACACCUGAGUGACGUCACGCUGUCCCCGGCGGCGGACUGCAGCGGGACGUUCCGCUCCGGACAGGACAACUUCGUGCUGGACGCGGAGGACGCGGUGAAGGAGGGAGCGGCGCUGCUCGCCACUGCGCAUGUGCGCUCCGUGGAGGCCUGUCGGAGUGCGUGCUGCGCGGACCCGCGCUGCAACCUGGCGCUGCUGGAGCCGCGCGGCCCCGACGCGGACGCGGCGGCGGAGCGCGAGUGCGUCCUGUUCGACUGCGUCCAUAGAAACCGCUUCGUGUGCAGGUUCGUGAACCAGGCGGGAUACCGGAGCUACAUCAGGAUGUCCGUGUUCCAGAGGUACCUGCAGGGGCCGCAGAGGCCAGGUAUCGAGGCUCCGCCCCUCGCCAUCCCAAACCGUGAUGUCAUCGUUCAGCCCAACCAGGUGGUGACUCUCAGCGGCAUCCAGAGCUUGGCACUGGGCGACGCCCACAUCGCCCAUUACCACUGGACCAGCAGAAACAGCAGCAUCCAGAUGGAGAGCACAGACCUACCUGACCAGGUGCGUCUCUCCAACCUGCCGCCGGGCUCCUUCGUCCUCCAGCUCACCGUCACCGACUCCAACGGCCGACAGUCCAAGGCCGCUGACGUCACCGUGCUCGUCCUCAGCCCCGAGAUGACCAGCUGCGUCUGUGAGAAGUUUGUGUUCGGAGGCUGUAAAGCGAACAAAAACAACUUCCUGUCUGAAGACCAAUGUCUGUCCGCCUGCAAAGGAGUCACAGGCUGCUGUUUGGACAGAAGUCUGGAGUGUGACGGAGUCAAGCGGUGCAGAGACGGAGCAGACGCAGGAGCCCUCACACAGACAGCCGACUCCUCCUCCUCCUCCUCCUCCUCAGUGAAUCAGACCUUUCACCGUCUGCUGGAUGUCGAUGUGAACCAGAGGAAAGCCCGGUGUGCCGAGCCCCCCUCACCCGGUCCGUGCCGGGCCAGUUUCACCCGCUGGUUCUACGACCCUCUGAACAGGAAGUGUGCCCGCUUCACCUACGGAGGCUGUGACGGCAGCGAGAACAACUUUGAGGAGGAAGACCAGUGUAGUAACUUCUGUAAAGGAGUGACAGAGAGAAACGUCUUCUUCAAAGGGAUGUUUGAUCGUUUCGAGGGCGAAGACGAAAGUGAUUCCGAUGACUCAGGAAACAUCGCUCUGGCCGUGUGUCUGUCGGUGGCCAUCUUGGCUCUGCUGGCCGUCCUCUCCUACUGCUUCCUGAAGGCCAGGAAGGAGCGCUCCCAUAGGCCGGUGGCCUCAGGCCCCGCCCACGUGACGCUGUCGGAGCAGGAGUCCAUGGUUUACAACCCCACCACCAAACCCGUGUGACGCCGUCGCCAUGACGACCACCGAACGGACUCCACAGUUCACACGUGUGGAAGCUGCAGCUUCCUUUGUAAACACAUUGAUUAGGACUAUUCAGAUUUAUUGAUCCUGAUCCAACAGCUUCCAGGUGAUCAGGUGAUCAGGUUCUACUUCCUGGUCAGGUGAUCAGGUUCUACUUCCUGGUCAGGUGAUCAGGUUCUACUUCCUGUGUGCGUUGGGUUUCUCUCUGAUGUAUUUAUGAAUAUUGUGUGUUUGUUUUUGGAUCUCAGGUUCACUUUAAAUGUAAAUAUGAAUUUACGUCUCGUUUAUAUUCUUUUAUAUGUUUGUAACCUCCAGUUUAUAUUUCACAUGUUAUAAUAAAUACAUAAACACAUAAACACAUAAAUACAUAAACACACAAACACAUAAAUACAUAAACACAUAAACACAUAAACACACAAACACAUAAAUACAUAAACACAUAAACACACAAACACAUAAAUACACAAACACAUAAACACACAAACACAUAAACACACAAACACAUAAACACAUAAACACAUAAACACACAAACACAUAAAUACAUAAAUACAUAAACACAUAAACACACAAACACAUAAAUACAUAAACACACAAACACAUAAAUACAUAAACACAUAAAUACACAAACACAUAAAUACAUAAACACAUAAAUACAUAAACACAUAAACACAUAAACACAUA